GCAUCGCUGCACAAACAAACCGCUGUGAGUUGUGCGGUAUUUACGGCCUCGUGGUGCACGCCGUGCAUGCUAUAAUUUCUCCCAAUACGGAGCCGAAAUCCUCCCGAGCCCUCAUCUCCAUCGUGCCCGACGCUCUCCUCCGCCUCUCUGCCGCAAUCCGCUCCUUUCCGCCCAGAUCCGCCGGUCUCCUCCGAGCUUCGCCCCGGCCCGCCGCUGAUCUUCGCUCCCCUCCGCUGUUCUCCACCACUCUCCGCGGGUCUCCACCCCUCUUCUCUGAUCCGCCCUUCUCCUCGGCCUCCGAUCUGCGCCAUCGAAGGUCACUCCGCCGAUCGGCCUCCGAUCUGCCCCACCAAAAGUCACGCCGCCUAUCGGCCUCUCAACUCGGCCAUCACAGCCUUAAUCGACGGCCGGAGCUUCCCCUUUUCCGCGAUCCACGCUCUCCCACUGUCAAGUCGACCGUCACCACCCCUUCAUCGGCCUUUCGGUGCUCCGAUUAUCGAUUACUGCUCUCAGAUCUCAGAGGCUUUGCUGUCGAUAUGGAAGCUGGAGUUUGGAGAUUUGUAGGAUAAGUAGAAAAAGAAGCAAAGACAGAUAGAAAAUAUGGCACCUUCCAGCAAGGCAAAUAAAAAGGCAGCAUUAGAUACUGGUGCAUGGCUGUUCAAUGUUGUGACCUCCGUUGGAAUCAUUAUGGUGAACAAGGCCCUAAUGGCCACAUAUGGCUUCAGUUUUGCUACAACAUUAACUGGACUGCAUUUUGCCACCACGACUAUCAUGACCAGCGUACUUAAGUGGCUGGGAUAUAUUCAGGGCUCCCAUUUACCAUUACAGGAACUUAUAAAAUUUGUUCUUUUUGCAAAUUUAUCAAUUGUUGGGAUGAAUGUGAGCUUGAUGUGGAAUUCUGUGGGGUUUUAUCAGAUUGCGAAGCUGUGUAUGAUCCCAGUAUCAUGUCUUUUAGAAGUUCUAUUUGAUAAGAUCCGUUAUUCCAGAGACACAAAGCUUAGCAUAGUGGUGGUUCUCAUAGGUGUUGCAGUCUGUACUGUUACUGAUGUGAGUGUAAAUUCUAGAGGUUUGAUGGCUGCCAUGAUAGCAGUCUGGAGCACUGCUUUGCAACAAUAUUAUGUUCAUUUUCUUCAACGAAAGUACUCACUUGGAUCAUUCAACCUCUUGGGCCAUACUGCUCCAGCCCAGGCAGCAUCACUGCUGAUACUAGGGCCUUUCCUGGAUUAUUGGAUGACAAGCAAAAGAGUGGAUAAAUUUGACUAUAAUGUUACUGCAGUGUUCUUCAUCAUAUUGUCAUGCACCAUUGCGGUAGGAACCAACCUUAGUCAAUUCAUCUGCAUCGGAAGAUUCACAGCAGUGUCUUUCCAAGUCCUUGGUCACAUGAAGACGAUCCUUGUCUUAGUUCUGGGUUUCAUCUUCUUUGGAAAAGAAGGCCUCAAUCUUCAUGUAGUUCUUGGUAUGAUCCUAGCAAUUGUAGGAAUGAUCUGGUAUGGAAGUUCAUCAUCAAAGCCAGGGGGAAAGGAGCGCAGGAGUUAUUCCAUGCCAAGUGACAAAUCCCUGAAGCAUGGGGUGUUGUCAGAUUCAGGAGAGCUUGAUGAGAAGGUGUGAGUAGAGAUUUUUCAGUUAUCUCUUGUCAGCCCACAUAUUGAGCAUUGAACUGACAAAGCAUUGGUAGGGCACUGAUUGGCCAGUAAUAUUUAAAAAGGUCAGAAACAUUUUGCUUUUAUUUUUUUAUAAUAUUUUUUGUGAUUUAUUUGGGGAAUGCCAACAGAGUCAGUGCAGAAGUUUCUCUUUGCGCACGUCUACAGUAAUUUAUUUACUUCAACAUCAUCUUAUUUUACAAAAAAAUUGAAGGAUGUAAUUCACGUUUAGUAAAAUCUUCUUAUGCUUGUCAUAUUUAUCCUGACUGGAUGGGCUCUACAAAUUUUCACAGCAUACAGAAUUGUUUGGUUAUGAUCAUUGUAACCUGCCAGUCAUUGUUAUCUAAUGCAUGUAUUCAUUAUCCUGUUGAUCUAA